UCCUUUUAUGCUUCAAUGGCGAUUUGGGUUUCUUCAUUGAAUCAGAAAAACGAAACUUUCCAUUAAUUCUUUUCAUUCUUUCCUUAUAUUUUUCAAUAUUCACCUUAGCAUUGUUACUAUAUAAUCAAAUCCCUAAUUUCUUUCCCAAUCGCAUCUCUGUUUCUUCGAUUUGUUUGUUCGUCGUUUAUGUUACAAGAUUUGUUGGUUCUAUGGAGAAGUUGCGUCCGAUCAAAUACACUGAGCACAAGAAAGUUGUAAAAAAGUUUUUCAAGCCACCCAAACACGCCGCUAAUCCUCCUCAAUCCACCCGAUUCGAAUCCGGAGGAUCCAUUCCCGGUCAGAGCUCCGAGUUCCCCGGAGCCAUCCGAUUUUCCGUAACGGAUCCUGACGCUACAGAUUCUUCCGGCGAUGAAGAAGAAGAAGAGAUAGUGAUUUUUCGAAAGCGGCGCGUGAAGAGAUACAUCACUGAAGUGAGGAUAGAAGCCGAGUCUAAGUGUACAAAUAACAAGAAAAGAACCGCAGAAACUCUGCAGACGAAGCCGGAGAAAGUGAAUCCGACGAAAGCCCCUGUUGCGGUGUCGUCAGAAGGCGGCCGGAAAUUCCGCGGCGUCCGCCAGCGGCCGUGGGGCAAAUGGGCCGCUGAGAUUAGAGACCCGGCGAAAAAAAUCCGACUUUGGCUUGGGACUUACGACACCGCCGAAGAGGCGGCGAUGGUGUACGACAACGCCGCCAUUAAGCUCCGUGGCCCUGGCGCAAUGACCAAUUUCUCCAUUCCUCCACCGCCGCCGCCGAAAUAUACCGCCGAUAGAAUUGCCGACUCAGUCUCCAAUUGCAGUUCCAUCGACGAAUCGCAGAAUUUGAUUUCCUCUCCGACGUCGGUACUCCAAUUCAGCGAAAACAAUAAGACCGGUCUGAAGGAACCCGAACCGGUCCUACCCGAGCCAGUUCGUGAGAGCCAAGGGGAGCCCGGCGUGGUCCCGAUCCCGGACUACACCAGUGAUGACUUGGCACUGGAUACUCACUCCUUGACCGAGUUCUUCAAUUUUGAAGCCAAAGAGGAAAAAUUGGAAUUCGAAGAGUCCCCAAAUUACACUCUUUAUGAAGAUUUUAAACAGAUUUCAAUUCCCAACGAUAUUAUUAGUAGUUUUGGGGAAUUUGAAAAUUUUCAAGAUUAUAAUUUUGAUGACUAUUUUGAAAAUAGUUCAGAGAUACUCUUAGUUCAAUGAAAUAUAUUGUAAUGUCGACCCGGUUUGCUGACUA